AUGACCACUCUGUCAUAUACCAUUGGAGUUUUGGCCCUUCAGGGCGCUUUCAGAGAGCAUUUAGAACACUUGCAACGUGCGGUCGCAGCUGCUGAUCUAGCUGCGUACUCGUUUUCAUUGCUCGAGGUUAAAACGCCCGAGCAACUUGCCCAAUGCUCGGCUCUUGUUGUUCCUGGUGGAGAGUCUACCAGUAUGUCACUCAUUGCAGAAAGAACCGGUAUGCUCGAACCGCUCCGUGAGUUUGUUGCAUCUAAGCCUGCUUGGGGUACCUGUGCUGGUCUUAUUCUCUUGGCUUCUGAGAUCCACAACGCCCGUCCGCACCAAAAGGCAUUGGGAGGAAUGGAUAUUUGUGUGGCACGGAAUGCUUUUGGUCGCCAGUUGGAGUCAUUUGAGGAAGCCUGCGACUUUUCCGACUUUGCACCAGGAGUUACAGCCUUUAAGACCGUCUUUAUCAGGGCACCUGUGGUUUCUGCCGUGAGAAAAGGCGCUGACUUUGUUUCUGUGGGUCCAAAGAAAAUGCACCGGCCAAAUGUCUGCUCUUUUCAAGAAGGUGAAAAGACUCUGACGUCAUUUGACCUGGUGGUCAAGGCAGAGUGUGAGAACACGGCGCCAGUAGAGGUUCUUCACUCAUUACCAAAUGGGUUGGUUGUAGCAGUUCGUCAAGGAAAUAAACUUGGAACCUCUUUUCAUCCCGAGCUUGCGGAUGAUUGCAGUUUUCACCAUUGGUUCGUGAAGGAGUUUGUGGUAGGCCACUGA